AUUCUCCACAAUUGAAGUAAUGCCGACUCAUCCAGAUUUAAAGUGCUGGGCGUGCAAGUCGCAGCCUUGAGCAGUUCGGCAACCGUCGAUCUGUUCCAUAUCAGCAUCAAGCGACCGACCCUGGCCUGACUUUAGCUAUGGCUAUCGAUCGCGCCCCCGUAAACGUGCGAAUUUGGAGCGAUGGAAUGCACGCGAGGUUCAAGCAAGGCAUCAUCAGCCGCUUGGUAGCUAUGGUAACGCUUUUCAUUUACACUGGAUGGAUGCACAUCCUCUUCGCGCUUUUCAUCCUGGCAAUCUGCCGGUACACUUGGGCCAUCGUUGCACUCCUCGGCUUGUACGCGACCCUGCUGCUGCCUCCCAAGCCAGUGCUAUGGGGCCCCUUCUGCCGCUCCUGGAUAUUCCGAACAUGGCGCGAAUACUUUAUGUUUAGCUACAUGUUCGAGGAAGUCCUGGAUCCCAACAAGAAGUACAUCUUCGCUGAGUUCCCCCACGGUGUCUUCCCGAUGGGAGCGCUGCUGGGCGCCACGGAGUGUCAGUCCAUGUUCCCGGGCUUCCACAUCUUCGGCCUGGCGGCCAAUGUGGUGUUCUCGGUGCCCUUCUGGCGGCACUUCAUGGCGUGGCUGGGCUCGGUGCCCGCCACCACCCGCCACUUCAAGAAGGUGCUCAAGGCAGGCUCGGUGGCGGUCAUUGUCGGCGGCAUCGCGGAAAUGUACAUGCAGGACGUGUGCAAGGAGCAGGUGAUGCUCCGAGACCGCAAGGGCUUCGUACGGGUGGCAGUGGAGGAGGGUGUUGACGGGGGCAUCGUGCCUGUCUUCCAUUUCGGCAACUCCAGGGUUUUGGACUUCGGCCCCCAGGGCCUCAGCUCCCUGAGCCGCCAGCUGCGGGCCGCAUUGGGCUUCCUGUACGGCAUCUGGUACUUGCCGCUACCCCGACCCCGGCCCAUUUACAUGGUGGUGGGGAAGCCCAUUGCCGUACCCCAAGUACGGCGGGAGGAUCCCAAGUACGAGGAGGUGGUCAAUGAGGUCCACGCGCGCGUCUGCAGUGCGCUGCAACAGAUGUACGACGAUCACCGGGCGGAGUACGGCUGGUCGGACCGGCCGCUCGUCAUAAAUUGACGACAUCCGGUGUUGUAUCUCUUCUGGCCACCCUGCCCUUCCGUGUGGGGGCGCUCUGCGGGGUGAAGUACAGGGGCCACGUAAAUUAUGUGGCUGCGGAAAUGACUCUCCACAUGCGCGCGCUUCCCUUCGCAAUUUGCUUCGGGCCAUGUGACGGCUGGGUGCUGUACGACUAUAACGCACAAGUCUUAAGUGACGAAGAAAUGUGGAUGGCGAUGCCAUGGCGAUGUCAUGACGAUGGGGGGGGGAAGGAGUGUAUUUGCGUUUGGUGCUGAGCGCGAGGGCGAAGAGAAGGAGGAGGACGUAAAAGCCGUUUGUCUGACAUGUGGCCUACAUGUCUGCGCUGUACGCCGUGUAUGUGCGCUUGUGUUGUGCCGCAACUGAAAAGGUUAUUUCGAGGCUGCUCUACGGCUUAAAACGAUUGAUGCUAGAGAGCCAUUCUUACCUUGCCUGCGCAGUGAAGGAGCUGGAAAAAGGUGGGACAGGAUCGCUGUAGAGUGAGCUCAGGGUGAAAUAGGUGUACUCAACCACCCAACCACCAACUACCUACCCGCUGCCAGUAUGUUGUCCCUGGCUAACCUCCACAGCCCCCGGGGCCCCUCCAGCAGGAGGCCGCUCCCGCGCUCCAGGGUAGCCGCAGCAGCCCGCAGCCUCCUGCCCGCCUGGCUAGCCGUACCGAGGGUUUGAUCCGAUAACACGUCCGCCAUGUGGGACCAAAGGUGCGCCAGGGCUCUGUUACAUUCCAGCCCAUCCAUGCGAACUGUUACAGCAAGAUUGCCGAACAACUCCUAACAAGACUUGCCCAUGUAUAGAUUUAUAUCAACAUACGCUGUACAGAGGUAAAUUGC